GGGAAUUACUGCCCUGCCGCCGACUAAGUUGCAUUCCUUGAAUCUUCGCCGAAAAGACAAUUCUUUAAUCAGAGUUAGUAAUGUGGACAGUACAAAAUCGAGAGAGUUUGGGGCUUCUCUCUUUCCCUGUGAUGAUUGCCAUGGUCUGUUGUGCACACAGCGCCAAUGAGCCCAGCAACAUGUCAUACGUGAAAGAGACAGUGGACAGAUUGCUCAAAGGAUAUGACAUUCGCUUGCGGCCGGACUUUGGAGGACCCCCCGUGGACGUUGGGAUGCGGAUCGAUGUCGCCAGCAUAGACAUGGUCUCUGAAGUGAACAUGGAUUAUACACUUACCAUGUAUUUCCAGCAGUCUUGGAAAGACAAAAGGCUUUCUUAUUCUGGAAUUCCUCUGAACCUCACGCUAGACAACAGGGUAGCUGACCAACUCUGGGUACCUGACACCUACUUUCUGAAUGACAAGAAAUCAUUUGUGCAUGGGGUUACAGUGAAAAAUCGAAUGAUCCGGCUGCAUCCUGAUGGAACAGUUCUCUAUGGACUGCGAAUUACAACCACAGCUGCGUGUAUGAUGGAUCUCCGAAGAUAUCCUCUGGAUGAACAAAACUGCACUCUGGAGAUUGAAAGUUAUGGCUAUACCACUGAUGACAUUGAGUUUUACUGGAAUGGAGGAGAGGGAGCAGUCACUGGAGUGAAUAAAAUUGAGCUUCCUCAGUUUUCAAUUGUUGACUACAAGAUGGUGUCCAAGAAGGUGGAGUUCACAACUGGGGCAUAUCCACGACUGUCACUAAGUUUUCGUCUAAAGAGAAACAUUGGUUACUUCAUUUUGCAAACCUAUAUGCCUUCCACACUGAUUACAAUUCUGUCCUGGGUGUCUUUUUGGAUCAACUAUGAUGCAUCUGCGGCCAGAGUCGCACUAGGAAUCACCACAGUGCUGACAAUGACGACCAUCAGCACUCACCUCAGGGAGACCCUGCCAAAGAUUCCUUAUGUCAAAGCGAUUGAUAUUUAUCUGAUGGGUUGCUUUGUGUUUGUGUUCCUGGCUCUUCUGGAAUAUGCCUUUGUAAACUACAUCUUCUUUGGAAAAGGCCCUCAGAAAAAGGGAGCUGGCAAACAAAACCAGAGCGCCAAUGAGAAGAACAAACUGGAGAUGAAUAAAGUCCAGGUCGACGCCCACGGCAACAUUCUCCUCAGCACCCUGGAAAUCAGGAACGAGACGAGCAGCUCGGAAGUGCUCACGGGCGUGAGCGACGCCAAGGCCACCAUGUACUCGUACGACAGCGCCAGCAUCCAGUACCGCAAGCCGCUGAGCAGCCGCGAGGCGUACGGGCGCGCGCUGGAGAGACACGGCGCGCACAGCAAGGGGCGCAUCCGCAGGCGCGCCUCGCAGCUCAAGGUCAAAAUCCCCGACUUGACUGACGUGAAUUCCAUAGACAAGUGGUCCCGAAUGUUUUUCCCCAUCACCUUUUCUCUUUUCAACGUCGUUUACUGGCUUUACUAUGUCCACUAAGGUCUGUCCUAAAGGUUCGGGAACGACGACUUUCCUCUUCUCUUGAUGUUUAACCCCACAGGUCCCCAACAGCGAUACUGCUGUUACUUUGUGAGGUAAGAGAUUCAGCCAUCUAAUUGGUGAUAGGCCUUGCAUAUCAAUUUUAUUACUGCACCAUGUUUACUUCAAAAAAAAAAAACACACUAUUUUUUUCCAGUCGACUGUGGUCCGGGUUACCAGCUCUUUCAGAGCUUAUUAAUUGCCAUGUUUACAAACACACACACACACACACACACACACACACACAUACACACACACAGAGAAGUAGGUAGGGAGGUCGUGAGUAGUCCUUCCUCGCCCUCGAUUUUAUUGAUUUAUUUUUUGAAAUAAGAAUGAAAAAGAAGACCUAGCUCUGUGUGCACACUGCUUCCUGGUAAACUGUAACAAUCUCAUGCUGCCAAAAAAACAACACAAUUUCCAGGAUCUCAGAAGAAAAAAACAAAGCCAUUGACAAGUUACAGAUUUCCAGGAAGAUGGAAAAACAAAAAGGAGCCUAGAAGAGGAAGGAAGACCCCACACACACAGACUCCCAAAUCUCCCCACUCCCUUGGAGGGGUCUCAGCUCCGUGGAAGAGAAGGGAGGGACUGGCAAGGUCUGAUGGAGGUUAUGCAAACCCAAUCUGCCAGCUUCACUGCUCCAUCAAACUGGAUCUUCUAAAAAUGGUCCUUUCUCAGACUUCCAGACUGAUUUAAAAUUAACAUUAGAAUCCAACCUGGUAACCAUUGAGGGCAUUUUUCUUUUCUUCUUGAGAAGAAGGAGUUUGGGUGUAAAUGACCUCUUGAACUAUUUCAGAUGAGCAACCCUGAACUCAUUGCAUUAGCCUGGAAUCACGAUGUUGGGCCGUGAAGCCGUGCCAUCACAUUUCCCUAGUUUCUGCUCCAGAGAGAGGGAGAGAAAGGUGAAUCGGGGAGGGGGACUUAAAAAGGAGAAUAGGGAGCAGUUUUUGCUUGAGAAAAAUAUUACCCUUUCCAUGAAGAAGGCAAGACUUAUGUGCCGUGAAAAGGGUGCCUGGGCAGUUCCCUGAGCUGCCAAAUCUUAAAUCAAAUAGUAUAUAUUUCUUAGCCUUCCAGAGAGCAGUAUGUAAUGGUGACAGGCUAAUUACACAGGCCUCAGCUAGCACCUUAUGGCUCUGCUCUCUGAGCUCUGCAUUCCAAAAUAUUAAGUGAUUGCAUCAGGAAAGGCAUACACACCCAUUUUGGUGUCAUCGUUCUCCAAGGUCAGAUUUCUAUUUCGAAGAAAACCUAAAAAUAGCAAAACCAUAGAUAACAGCAACAAUGACAAACUCACUGGGCUUUCAAAUAUUUACACCAGCCCCUAACGUAUAGACACUGUGUACACUCAUUAAUCACUGUCAUUACUGCUCUGCCUUAUCUCUGCUCAUAGAUUACUUUGGUCCUGGCCGCGGUAGAAAGAGCAUCCCUCAAUAGGCCACCACACAAUUCUAAACGUGUCUAACCAGCUGCAGUUGAGAUUCAUCCCAUUCUAUCAUUAAAUCCUCGUUAUUUUUUGGAGCUUGAAUAUUCUGUAUGUGCAUUUGCAAGGCUGAGUGAAACUCUAAGUUGACCAACCAGUGAUGGAGACGAUUGGGAACUACUCCACAGAUGUGAAAUAAACGUUGAGGUAAUAAUGGAGAUAAUUGCCUCAUGUUAUGUUCUGACUUUCUCCCUAAGGCUGUGAUGAGGGCCCAUGUUUACCAUAGCCUCGACUGCUAGAAAUUACAGUCUUAAUUGAAAGACAGGCUGAAUUCCUACUGAUGAGCCCAAGGAGAGAAAGUUAUAAGAUAUUUUUACAGAAAGCAAGAGAAAAAGAGAACCCCGAAAGUAAAUGAAUGGUUAUGACUAUAGAUAAUGUGCAUUAGGAAAUAUAUAAAAACUCUGCUUUGACUGGAAAAAUUAUCUCAGUGGUUUUAUAAAAAUAUAGUAGGGUAUGGGGACCAAAUUUUUAUUUAGGUUUUAAUUGUAUAAUCACAGUUCCUUGGUCAAGGAAAUGUCUGGCCUCUGGGGAUAAAGUGAUCCAUUUUGAAACUAUAUCCUUGGCAGGGUGAGAUGCUUUGCCAUUGUAAAAGGCCCAGAUAGAGUGGAAAGUGACCAUACCAGAGAUUGUAAGGUUAAUAUUACCAAUGACCACCCAGGAACCACCGUGUAGCCAUUUCUUUUAAACACAGGAAAGGAGACUUGGCUAAUGCCUGACAGGAAUGAAUCAUUCUGGUGUCAAAGCUUUAAAAGGCUUUUAAGCAUAAAAUGCUAAAUCAAAAGGGAAGUAUCUGUAAUCUAUGUUCCUUAACAAAAUAAUAUUUCUUUAUUUAUCUGUUUAGAUCAUCUUCUUGGAAAUGAUUGAGGUAUUUAUAUUUUUAUUAUUAUUUUUAUCUUGCCUUAAAAGUCUAAAGAUUUUGAUGCUGUAGUUUAGAUGUAAAGUAUCGAUAAGAAAAAAAGAACAUUUUGAAUAAUUAUAUCUUAACCUUUGUAAAAUGUAAAAUUGGUGAGCCUGACUGAAUAUUCCAUCAGGCACAAAAUGGUGUCACUGUAUGCCCUCCUGGACGGUAGAGAGGUCACAGACACCAUUAUGCAAAACCUGUUAAACAGCUCUGAUGUUAGAAGCAAUGGAGGCCAGAAAAAUGGAGAAGCUGCCAUAUUUCUGGAAAAUGCCCUCUGUCCAUACUUCCUUCUUCUGGAAGCCUCCUAGCCAAAUCCUGCCCUCCUUAGCCCCUAACUCAUUCUCCUUCCAGGCUGAACAAUGCAUAGAAAAAAAUCCCUCCUUCGUUCUCUGCCUCUCUCCCUUGUUUUGCCCAAAAUGAUGUACUUAUAUAAAACAUGAAAGUUGUUAGACAUUCUCAAGUGCCCCCAAACUGGUCUCUAUUCCUGAGAAAUUCAGAUCAUUACAUGAUAGAGGGGUUACUGUUUAACUAUUAGGAGGUCAUUUUCUUUUUGCCAUGAAAAUAGCCGUAAUUUCCCUCACUACAGAAGUGGCAGCAGAGGCUGAAAAUUGCACGGACUCACUCUCUUAUGCUACAGGCAUGUCCAGGGGACCCCAUGAUCACAGUUCAUAAACUCUGAUUAUGUCAUAGACUUAACCUGUGAGACCCAGCGUAAAUCCCAUCUUUCAUUUGACAGUGACGACUACACACCCAUUUCUUCCACUCAUGUUCCUUGGCUUAAGACAUCAGGGGUGACACUUACUAGCUUCCUGAGGCAAAGACCCAGGUAAAGCUAUAUUUUAAGCUUGAAUUACCCAGGAUUAUUGCCUCCCUCCUCUACAUUGCCAAAUAGAAACAACAGACUGAUUGGUAAUUCUGCUGACUAAAUGAUACGUGUUUUCAUACAUACCAUCUUUAUUGUGCAUUACAAUCAAUGAGGGAUAUUGAAAAUGCAGAGAGAAAAAUGUGGUGCAGAAAAUAAAGUUUCGUUUAUGAAUCCAAGGCUAGGCUUUCCUUAAACAAACAUUAUGUACAAUACACAGAAAUGUUAACUAAAUUCCAUCUUUCUAAAAUCAACGACUACUUUAUAAACAUUUAUUUAAGAGAGCGCAAUUAAAAUUUGCCAAGUUAAACAACAACAAAAAAGAUAUAUUUAUAAUGCUAAAAGGAAACAAUCUCCAAGAUUUCUUCUAUGGACAAUUUUGAAUAGUAUCUUACCAAAGGGUGAUGUGCCACAAUUUUUUUUCCUACACAAAGUGUCAUCGUAUAUCCUAGAGGGAGGAAAAAGAUAUGUGCAAGCAUAUGUUCAUGUUGGUUCCAUCAGCAAUUACUGGGAUGAGGACAGAAAAAACAAACAAAAAUAUCUCAGUUUCCUGAAAGCAAACAAUAAUAAACACAAAGGUCAACUUGUUCAUGGAAUGUAGAAUAUUAUGUAAACUUCCUUGUAAAUUCUGUAUAUAGUCCAUUGAACUGUUCCCUGUUGUGUGGUGGUCCUCAGCUUUGGGUGGACAGUUUGAAAACUCUGAACCUUGUAAAUAAUGUAAGCUUCUAAGGCACUUGCUUUUAUUCAUGAAGUGAAAUGACUAGUGAUUUGGGCUCAAACCAGAAUCUUUUUAGCUCCUGCUCUUUCUCUGCCAUUUUGUGUGUACAGUUGUGUAACUUUACCUGGUGUCUGUGGUCACUGCCCCAUGCCCCAACCCCACAAAAAGGGGACAGUACUGCUGAGAAGGCUGUGUACCAAUGGGGCUCGGGAACGGCAGGGACUGAAGCGAGCUGCUCCUGGAAAUGUGUCAUGAAAAGUAGACGUGUUUUUAUGUCAUUCGUCGCUAUUCAUAUAUUCAGAUGCCGAAUUUCCAUGCUGUUGAGGGGGUCAGGGGUGGGCGAGAUGAUUGCAUCCACAGGUAAUCCAAAGCUUUAUUUGGACCAAUAGCUUUAGUUUCUAACUUUUUUCUUUCCACAAUGUUUCCCAGAAUUUUAAUAAGAAUAGAAGUGAAUGGAUGGGUUUGAUCGGGGGAAAUAGUCAAAUGUCCAAAUGAUGGGAAGGAGAAGGAGAAGGAGAAAAGGAAGAGAUAGCAAAUGGCAUUGAUAACACCAAGUGGCUGAUUCCUUUCUGAAAGAUUCAGUGGUAACCACGUCACUUUUUUUAAAAAGUAAAGAGAAAUAUUGGGAGUUAAAACAAGUGUUUUUCAACGGGGGGCCCGGGAUAUGUUUGAUAUAUGCGAGUUAAACUUAAAAGAGAAUCUGGCAAUUAAAUAUUCUCCAAUAUAUUUCUCCAAAGUCCUGGUGUUCUUGAAAAAGUCUUCAGAAUGGUGGGCUAUUAUGCCAUAAGAUGUGUUUCCAUGCAAACUGGCGGUCCCAGAGAGAGCGUGAUAGUGUCUGCAGAAAUUCAGAAUAUCCAAGCAAGCAGGAACAUAGAUUGGUUUCUUAGUAAUAUUUUAGAUUGCGCAGUGUCUUUCUUAGAGGUAAGAAUUUAGCAAGAUAGGGGUUUUUGUGCCAGUAUUUUGAGUGCCAGGAGCCAUGAUUGUGAGACAUUUUGGUUCCAAAAUGUGCCAGUGAGGGUUCACCAUCAAUUGAAUAAGAAAAAUGCCCUGUUGGAACUAAUCAGGUCAAUCAGUUUGUAGGCCCAGAAUACAUUGUACUUUUACUUUAAUCAUACUUUUUUCUAGUUAACUGAAAACAACUACACUGACAGAAAACUAAAUUGUAAGAGUUUGCACUUCAAAAGCAAACACUUGAAAGGAAAUUCUUUUUAAUAGAGGAAUUGCAAACCAGGAAAUACUAAGUUUCUGGAAGAGGAAGGGAAAGAGUUUUGAGUUUGUUGUUACUUCUCCACUAGCAAGAAUUUCCUUCUUUGAACUCAAGGCGUCUAACAGUUGUUUGUUUUGUUUUUCCUAAUCAAAAAGUCCUUGAUACAUCGAGGGGCUCACAACCAUCCCCUGGAUACCUGGCACCUCCUGGAACUACCAGCACUCAACACAAACUCUUCAGUAGGAAUUCAGUAUAGGGAAAAUAGGUGCAGUAUUUCUGAACCAGCUGGGAAAGAAAACCAUUCCAUUGAAAGACUCUACCAGCACUUUCUCUGCACACAAUAGGAAAAACAAAACAAACAAACAAAUAAACAGGACAAAUGACAUUAUGCAUUUGCCUUAGGUACACAGGGUCACAGAUUCACUAGCUUAAAACAGCCCCAGUUAGAAGCCGAAAAACGAAUAAGAGGAAUCAGCAUUGUUAUCUGGCUCCUACUUCUCCCUGGGUUUCCUUUUGGAGAGAAAUGGAGAAGAGGGGACAUUUUCCAAUAUAAUUUUUUAUAAGUGAAAAUUAUUCAAACGUGAUAUGUGUGUGCAUUUUGUGGGUUUGGCUGUGUAAAACAGAUGACCUCCCUUGUGUUCGUUCCUCCCCAUAUACCAUCCUGCCUCAUGCCUUAACCCAGCGAAAUCGAUUCAUUUAUUUUUCUUCUUUCUCAUUUCCAAACCUCAUAAGCUAUCUUGCCCAAGAAUAACUGAAAGCUUCAGCUUCUUUGGGCUUAUAUUGCACACCUUCAAUUGAAUCCACAAAAAUAAUGAAUUGUAAUAAUUUCCCCAAAUUCUUACUCCUAUUGCCUCUAAAAGGCUGUUGGCAGCAGCUUGCGUACUCACAGUAACCUCCUUUAAACUGCCUUGGGUUAUUUUUCUUUUCUGUCCCUAUGUGAAGAGUACAUAUGUUUACAUAAACCUUUUCUUUCCCAGCCUAAUUCAAAAUAUAGUGGAAAUACAAAUCAUUAGCUCAAACCUAGAAAAAUUUACAUUUUCUACACUAAAAUUUGAUGAUAAGACCACCUCCUUACAUUGUGGUUGUAAUGUGGUGAAUUCACACAGUAUCAAUUCUUUUUUCAUCAAAUACAUUUAUUCAUGCCCUCCUUCAGCCUUAAUUGUGCACCAUUUAGAAAUCUAUUAUUAUUCCUCCCAGGAUGGCUUGUCAUUCACAUAGCACGCACCACUAGUUACAGACUAUAUCAUCUAGGAACUUGACCCACCUCAGCCAUUCUGUGUCUUGUUCCUAUAAAAGAUUUCCACUUCUAUGCAUCACCCUAUCUAUUCCCCCUCAACCUUCUAGCAGACAUUAAAUGUAAUUAGUACUUGGAUAGGUCAUAAUGCAAACUGUCUAAUUGCCUUUAUAAAAUAUGUAGAACAUCUUUCUCUCCAGAUAGCAUUUCUAUGCUUAGAGAAGAGAGCGUUCUCUGAACAUAUAUGAAGCAAUGUGCAGCUUAACUUUCAAAGUUAACAACAAAUGUGCUGUGUGGUGGGGAGAGGGAAAUUACGGUGGGAAGGAAGACACCUUGGGCAGAGGGCUGCACGGCCUGGCCUUCACACUCUCUCCACCACUGCCCAAUGGUGUGGCUUCACAUGGGCCACUAGAUGACCUCCCAGGUCCCUUCCAGAACUAAAGUAAAAAAGAGAAUUUUAGAGCGGUUCAUUUGUAUAGGAGCUUUCCAGAAAGAUACAGGAGUACCAUGGCCUCUGCUAACAUAACCCCACAAAUUUAGUAAUGUCCCUUGUUUCAUGGCUUUGGGAGUCAGCCAGCAGGGUGUCAAGUGAAUCCAAUUCAAUACUUGUUCAUAUUCCUUUAAAAACUAUAUAGAACGUAAACUUACAUUGGCAGACAAGUGGCGAGAAAAUUAUUUUAUGAUUUUAGUAAUGAUCUACAGUACAAUAUUUCCCUUGAAGAGCACUGGAGGAUCCUAGUGGCAUAAAUCAGUGUAGUCUCUAUUUUUAGAUCUCUGGAAGAUGUCACUUAGGAAAAGCCAUGGCAUGCCCCUUGAGAGUGGACAACCAACUUCUAAGCAACAUCUGAGCAGAAUGCUGUUCCAGGGCCCUUCAAUGUUCCUCCCCAGCUCUGGACCCCACGAUCGUCUCAUGCCCUGUGAGUGGAGUAGCAGAUAGGGUUGAUCUUUCAAGAAGCACUUUUCCAUCUAGCUGGGGCAAACUCCAGGUCUUUGGAACCUCUGUUAUCCAAUGUGCCCCACCUCCCCCACCUUGUCACCUCACCCUCUCGACUAAUUAUAGCUGCCAAAUGUUUUGGGUACAGCGAAGGCAAAAUUGAAAGUUUACUUAUUAAUUGGGAUUAGCAGUUCUAGCUAUUCAUAUUUGAAAAGCAUUCCUGUACAUAGAUGUUCUUAAAUUGUUUCCAUUUUUAAAAGAUACCUUCCUACUCUAAACUUUCAUGAUUUUCCUGAGAGCCCCCUGACCAUUUGAAACUGUUAGCAGAGUGCCUAAAAACUCCUCCCUUCCAUGGUAGGCCAGACUAUGAAUGGGGUGACCUCUUUUUUGUAAAAGUAGCCUAAUAUUCUGCCCCUACAAGAACUAUGGUUCCAACAUUCCUACGUGCAGGUAUAUUCAUCACUCCUCUUAAAACGGUCAGCUAAUAGUUUCUUUAUCUGCUCUCCCAUACUUUAACAUAGAGAUGGUUUCAUAUUUAAUGUCAUCUUUUUAAAAACAUAGGAACCACUUUUAAGUCUUCAAAUUCUCACCAGGUUGAGAUUAAUACUUUCUAUUAUGUGUAUCAAUUAGAAUUCAUUCAAGUAACAAAAGAUGCAACUAAAAAUAACUUAAACGAUCAAAAUGUUACUAUCUCAUAUAACAAUAAGUUCAGAAGUAAGGUGGCUACUUACUUGGUUAGUUAUUUCAGUAGCAUAAUGAUGUCAUCCAGGACCCACAUCCCUUCCAUAACUAGUUCUUCCUAACUCUGCACGUUAUCAGCACCCGGUAAGGUUGCAACAUGGCUACACUCAUGCAUUCAUAUCAAGUGGCAGAAACAAGGGAAAGUUCUGACUUGGUUCUCUUUUUUAAGAGCAAGGACUUCUUUCCCAAAAUAAAUUGCCUCAGCAGUUUCUCUUUUACCCCAUUGGCCAGGCUUGUAUUACUCACCCAUUCCUGAACCAGUCACUGCUAAGGCCCAUGAAAUUACCGUGACGGGCUUACAACAUUGACCCCCAGAGUUGCCCAAUGUCUGACAAAAAGGAGAUAUGUUAACAGAAAAAGAGAAGAAUGCCUUUUGGGUAGAUAUCCAACAAUGACCAUCACACAUUGAUCUAAAGCAACAGAAAACACUUUCCCACACAUAAUUUCGUGAUUUGAUCUUCACUACAACCCGGGAAGUUAUGACAAUACCAAUAUCUGGAAAUGGAGGCUCAAAUAGCUUAACUGAUUUACCCAAGAUCCAAUAACUAGACAAGUUAAUAUUCAAUUCCAGAUUUUCUUGAUUCCAAAGGCAAAGCUUUUUCUACGCUGCCUAGAUAUAAUCCUUUUGCCUUGAUGAUCCAGGUUUUGGGUAGUUCAAAAAUGAGUGGAGAGUAGGAGGAAAGAGAACAAUUCCCACCUCCAACAGCUAGAUACUGUGUAUGCCCAGUAAACAUUCUCGUUCUUUUUUUAUCCUUCUCCUCCACCCUCCCUCUGCCCCCUACACCUUUCAUUCUUCUCUUGAGGGAAAGUAUAGAAGGAAUAGCUUGCACAACAACUGAAUCGCCUAAAUCGUGCCCCGGUUCUUUUUGAAUACCAUCGUUAUUAGGGGACCAUAUGACCCAGUUUGCCUGAGACAGUCCCAGUGGCAUGUAAUUAUCCAUAGAAACACCUUUCACUCUCAAAAUUGUCCAUUUACAUAAUAAAUUAUAUAGUCAACUAAUCAUGGACUUUCAUAAUUCUCAUACCUGGAGGGUAUGGGACAUAUUAGCAAAUUAAUAUUAACAGCUUGGAGAAAUUAUAUGUCUUGGUUCCCCAUGGAAUCAUUUAUGAAGUCUCACUUCAGUCUUCUCCAGCACUCAGGCUCCCUUUAUUUCCCCUUGUUCCCUUUAUUCAGCAUCAAGUCGGCGAAUCCUCAGGUUUUCCCUACCCUUCCACUGCAACCGCCACACAUCAUCCCAAAAUGUUCUUGUUGCUGUGCCUGAAGUUUUACAUUUUAUUUCCAUUGCCCGGAUGUUCUGCUUCCAAGCCCCUCCCCAGGGGUGGAUCAGCCCAAUAUCAUUCAAAAAGCCAUCCACAGGCAACUCUCUCAUUCUGCUCACUCCCCUGCUAGCACUCCCUCAAUUCUUGUGGCCACUUUGUCCAAUAAUAAUAGGUACUUCAUUUGUGCAUUUUCCAGUAGAUGUUCUGUCUCCCUAAAUAAAGUGUAAGGCCCUUAAGGGUAAACGCCCCAUUUUCUAAUUCUUUUGUAUUGCCUAAAGCAUCUAUUGUUCUGUCCAUGGUCGAAGGUCUGUAAAUGCUGAUUAAAUGACCCACACUGGUAACUGUUGCCAUAGAGAAACACGUUUCCCUAAAUGCGCAAUACUUCGGCAUUAUAGACAAUACCUGGUGAGGUACGUUCCACCACCACCCCCACCUUCCCCCAUGUUAUUUUAGUUCUAUCAAGCCUGUAUCUACAACCUCUACGUGGAUUUUUUUUAAAUGCAGUCAUCAAAGUUAGAGUUGAACCCAGGUUGAGGUCUGGGCAAAGUGGUCACUGAGAUUUUUCCCAUUAUUUAUGACGGAACAGACUGAACCCUAACGCUACCAUUCUAGGUUUUACCAGUUCUAGCAGAAGUG